AUGAUCAUUAAAGAUCAUAAAGAUAGCAUUAAUCGUGAACUUUCGCUUGUGGAACAAAAGAAGAUACAGUGGGCAAAAGAACGAGAGGAAAUGGCAAAGCUAGAACAAUAUCACUCGAAAUUGGCGUCGAAAUAUGAACGGAAUACGAUACGCACGCAACUUAUCACAAAUACAGAAAUAGUUCAUCAAAAUAAUAAUUUUCAUCAGAAAAAUAAUUUUAACAUGCGACGAAUAAGAAGUCCCAGUCUUCCACCAAUUGAUCGUUAUGAUAAGGGAAUGACACGUCAAGGCAGUAACAAUUCCGAUCAAUCAUCAGGCUAUUUGAGUGGAAGCGGUGGAUCUUCUUUGCCACCAAAUGCUCUCACGCUAAGCGCACAAAAUCAAUAUGAAUUUAAUUAUGGUGAAACGCACUUUGAUACAGUUGGUAAUAACUCACAGAAUACGGGACAUCCAAAACAAUAUUCUAUGACAUCAUCGUCACUAAACGAGUAUCCUUCCUCAUCAAAUAAUGAGCGUGAUGUGGAAUUUGAUGUCGUACAAAAACCAAUCGGAACACCAUCAUCGGAAUCAUCGGUAACAAGUCAAGAUAUAUUUUCUGUGUCUUCGUACGCAAAUUCAUCAACAAUCGAUUCGUCAUUAAAUUAUCAGAAAUCACGUGAAGGCAGGGCCAAAUGGGGUUCAUAUCUCUUUGAUUCAUUUGCAAAGGAUAAUAAUGGACGAAGCUCCAGAAAUACGAAUGGUCCGGUAUGGUUAGAGAAGAGUUUAAGUGAGGCACGUGAUAGUGAAGAGGAAACAAUGUCAAUUAGUGUUCAUUCAGUUUCAUCAUUUUUGCGUGGUCAAAAUGCUCCGGUUGAUGCUUACAUUCUGGCUGAACGAGAGUCAAAGCGUCGCAAGGCUAUGGAGCUGCAACAAGCUAUAAAAGAACAAUUAGAAGAACGUGAGAAAAUAAAGAGAUUGGAAAGAGAAAGGCAGUGGCAACAAGAGAAAUUAGAAGAGGAAAGGCUAUCAAGACAAAUGGACAUUGAGAAACAGCGUUUGGAAAAAGAACAAAAAUUUCAAAAUGAGAAAUUAGAGAAUGAACGAAAGAAGGAAGAAACAAUGAAAAAGGCACUUGAGAAAGCAGCACUCGAGGCACAAAUGGAAAGAGAAAGAAAGAGAAGGGAGAAAGCUCUUGCCCUACAAAGUUCGUUAGACGAAACUAUCAGCAUACAGAAAAUAGGUGAAAGAACAGAAAUUUGUAUUGAAGGAUUUCAAAAGCCAUUGACUGUUGAUGUGACUAAGGAAGUCCCAGUUAAGGACGAUUCUUCUAAUAAUCUUAAAGCCGAAGAAUCAACACCAUCAAAGAGCACAAGCAAUGACCAAUCAGAUAAUAAUAAUAAUGAUGAAUAUGACGAGGAUGAAGAUGAUGGCGAAACGAUAUUGAUUGGAACUCCAAUAAAGUUGAAGAAAAAGAACUUGGAGACAUUUAGAAGAAAGUUUAAUAAGCGCCAACAAAAUGCAGACAAUGAUGUCAAGACGAGUGAUGAAGAAAUGUCUACACCGAAAACAAUCAAGUCAACUGAAAGUGUAAAUAACGAGAAGAACACAACAAAGUCUCAAGCCAAAUCGAUUUCUGAUUUAGAAGGAAUUGCUAUUGUUUUACAGACAAUGCCAUUAGUACCAUUUGUUCCGCUCACUAAUGAAAUGUUUGGCUUCAAUCAACUAAACAAUUUAGCUUUCUUAAUGGCCACACAAAAUCGUUUAGGUAGUCCUAAUGUCAUGCUUCCACUCAUUUCUCGAGAUAUUUCAACACCAUCGUCAAAUGAGAAGUUGGAUUUGAGCCAAUUCAUUAUUCCACAAAAUAAUAAUCAGUCAACAAUUACGCUACAAAUUCAACAAGUCGAUAACACAAAGCAGGUCAUUCUGAAUGAUAAUAAAAUAACUUCCAUUCCACCAACGCCAGAUGUGAAUAACAACAAUCCUUCAUAUGAGAAUUCAAAGUCACAAGAGAUACAAAAUAAUGAGUCAUUGACUGGCAGUGCUCAACAGGUCGCUCAUGAAAAUUUCAAAACAUCAAUACCAAAUUCACCACCAAUUCAACUUUGUUCAACUCCGUCUAUACCGCAUGACGGCACAUUCACGAAGGAAGAAUCAUCAUUUUCAUGUCAUGACGCAUGCACAUCAACGAUUAAUGAAAAUAACUGUUAUUCGAUGAAGGAGAAUGAAAUUAAAAUAUUAACACCACAAAAGUAUCGAGUCACACUACCAGCAACCACAAAUGAAGCCUCAAAAACAGUCGCAACUCAAACCGAGUCAUUUUUAUUCUGUGAAUUUUGUUCACAUCAGUAUCACAAUAUUCUUACACACCAAAGAUGUUCACACUUGACAGUUGACAACAAUAAUAAUAAUAAUAAUACUGCCAAUGGUAAUAAUAUGAACAGCAAUAAUGUCCAUAAUGACGUCAUGAAGCCAAAAGAUAAGAAGAAUGAGGAUAGACCCAAAUGGGGAGUUAGGAAUCCACCGAUAAAAUACCUUAAAGCAAGUGAACGUGACCCGUUCUAUGGAAAGAGUCGUAAGAAGAGAUAUCUUAAGAAAGCAGCAAGCGAGAGCGAAAAGAAUGAUGAUUCAUGCACUUAUAAGGAUUGUCCGUUAGUCAAAAGUCCAUUGCUCUCAAGACGAUGCAACAAGUUGCAAAAUAGGGAAAAUUUAUGCUCGAAUUUAUUGCCAAUUAAAACUGAUCGCUUCGGUAGGAUCUGCUUAGUAGAUGAACAGAAUUUUAUUAUGAAAGAGGCUAUGAAGCGUGUGCCUUAUUACACAUCCGACACUGAAAGUUCUAUUGACAUGAAACAGAGAAGCUUCUUUCUACCCAAAGCUAAUGAUUUUCAAGAUAUUUUUAUUGACUAAAAACAAUUCAUUUGAUGACGAUUGUUAAGCAGUUAACCUGUCAUGGCACUCAAUGACGAUGCUUCUUUUUUGUUUAACUGUAUCUUGUAUCUUAUUUAUAGUCAUUCAAUUGAACUU